UAGCCAGCGAGAAGGGCACAACCGCAAUCGGAGAUCGGAGACUAGCCGUUGAGAAUGGCCGGAAGAGACCGUUAUCUCCCGUCCUCCUCCUCCUUGAGAGUAUCGGAAUCUCAGCUCACCGAAUCCGAUAUGAACCGCACUCGAUCCGCCCUCCUCGAGGAGAAAAUCGCAGCUCAGCACCGCGAGAUCCAAUCCAUCCUGACGGACAACCAGAAGCUCGCAUUAGCGCACCUCGGAGUCAAGGAUCAGCUCAAUUUAGCCAAGCGUGAGCUCGCUCGGCUGCUCGAAGCCGCCGCGGCCGUCAAGUCCGAUACCGAAGCGAAGGUUCGCGAGGUUUACCAGAACUCGCUGAGGAUGGAGGCGGAGGCUCGUGUGGUUAACGGAAUCGGAGCUGAGCUUGAUCAGGUUAGGUCGGACGUGCAGAGGCUAGCUGAAGAUAGGCAGAAGCUAACGGCGGAGCUGGCGAUGCUUAACGGGGAGAUCGCUAAGGCUAAACCUAAUUCGGAUCGAGCCGUGGAGGUUAAGGCGGAGAUUGAGAGUCUUAGAGAGGAAGUUAGUAAAGGAAGAGCUGCUCUUGAUCUGGAGAAGAAGACGCGAGCGGGUAAUCUUCACCAUGAGCGUGGUAUGGAGAAGACUAUUGAUCACUUGAACCGUGAAAUUGUGAAACUUGAGGAAGAGUUGGCUGACUUGGAGACCAAAGCUAAAGCAGCUGCUGAAGCUGCUCAAACCCCAAGCCCUGGAUUGGUGGCAAGUUAUGGAAACUCAGAUGAUAUUUAUGGAAGCCAAGGUCACCAGUACCCUGAGGCGAAUGGUUCUCACCAGGACGGGUGAUAUAAGAUGGAGUCUCGUCUCUCUUUCCUCAUAGCAAGACGAUUUCUAUGGCUGAGAGUGAGCAAAAGGGGAACAAGUCAGGUCUAUCACUUUUUUGGGGGCUAGAAGGUUAGUCAGUAAAGCUUUUUGUAUCUUCUAAUUUUCUUGAAUACCAUCUCAGUUGAGCUUCGGUUACAUACUUAAUUUCUACUAUGUUAAUACGGGUCUUUGCCUUUUCCAUUGAUCUGGCUAGCUAGGUUUUGUCAGUUUUUAUUUCUUCUAAUUCUUUGAUGAGUUUCAUUAGUUUUCUGUAUUAAAAAACCUGUUUCAUUUUUGGUAAAACUUACGGGCGUUGACUCUAUAGGCUUGUUCCCCUUUUGGUGUCUUAGUUAAUGUUAAAGCUUAAUGAUACAAAGUAGUGUGUGGUAAUGUUUAUCCUUGACGGAUCCAAAUAUGUUUUUGCAGGGAAAUCAGGUAAGAUUGUUAGUUUGUAUCCGACCAGAUAUAAAGUGUGUGCUCAUCAACACACCUAAGAUCUUCUAGGACAUUCAUGUUAAAAAAUACUCUUUCGUUAACCAUUGAGAAUUAGGUUUGUAUUGAAGGCAGUCUUUUUUUUGUCUGCAAGCACAAGCACAUGCACUGUCAUUGUUAAGUUAUACUUGCACGUUUAUCCUCGAACUCGCAUGCAUUGUUACUGUCGAUUAAUCUAUUGUUUGUUCUGAUCAUAGCCAAGUGAAAUAUUGGCCUAUAGGCUAUAUCUCCCACAAUUAAAAGAAAACAAUUAACACAGAAAUAAGCUUCUAAAUUUGUAAAAAAAAGGGUUGUAGAACUUAAUAAAUUGUUUAUAGCUCCAAAA